UUUUAUGAAAAUUAAGCCUAAGUAUACUCCUUUUAUUGUUUCUAUUGAACAGAUAUUCGUCGAUCUGUCAAAUUGUGUUUUUGUUGUCAUAUAACCGGUUUUGCGCAAUAAUAAUUUUUUUGUAGAUUUGAUAUGCAUAACAAUAUUUAAAAUACAUAUAAAAUAUAUAAGGGAUGAUCUUUAUUUCGUUUAAUAUUAUACAUUAAUCAAGAGUGAAAGAGAAUAUUAAAGAUAUAUAACCAAAAUGGUGCUAAAUGAUUGUCCAGAUCCAGAAAGUAUAGGUUGUGGUUUUAGUGCUUUCAAAGAAGUAGACGAAGUAAACGAAUUGAUCAAGGAUAUAAGAAAAACAGACUUAUCUCCAAGUCUUACAGAAAGAAACAGAGAUCGCUUUAAUUUCAUUUUGUCACAGUAUCAAGAUCAACGUCAACUUCUUGAUCCGUAUCUUGAAAAUAUUUUAGAGUCUUUACUUUCGAUUAUCAGAGAUGAUAAUUCUACAGAAAGUAUGAAACACAAUGCUUUCAAGUAUCUGUUUAUUAUUAUGUCUGUUAAGACUUACAAAAAGAUUGUUACAUAUCUUCCUCAUGAGGUUGCAGACCUUUUACCUGUAUUACGUCUAUUAGAGAAACAAGAUCCAAACGAUGUAGAUACAUGGGAAACAAGAUAUGUCUUAUUAAUAUGGUUAUCUAUUAUUUCAAAAAUACCAUUUCCAUUGUCUCGCUUAGAAACAUCUGAUACUAUUGAUCCGGAGCAAACAAUCAUGGUCAGGAUUAUGAAAGUAUGCAAAUUAUAUUGUUUAUCGAAGGAUGCAUGUGCCGUAGCAGCAGUAUUUUUAAUAGCUAAUUUUUUGACAAGAUCAGAUGUGAAAAAACUGUAUCUCGAAGAAAUGAUAAUAUGGUGUUUGAAGUCUGUUGAGAAUGAUCCUUUAAGACAUGGACCUUUAGCUGUAAUAGCUUCAAUAUUAAAACACGGUGCACGAGAAGAUGUACGGCCGUACAGCACAAUGCUUUUUGAAAAAAUUUCAAAAUUACAAUUGAGUAAUAAUCCAGCAGAUCUUAUAAGAAAAUUUGGGAUGAAAGUUGUGCAACGCAUUGGUUUUGUGUUAUUAAGAACAAAAUUAGCAUCUUGGAGAUAUCAAAGAAUGAAUAGACCGAUUAGUUUGUUGCCAAAUUUAAAUAAAAACAAUGGCACUGAAAGCAUUGAUAAUAAGGAGAACAUAUUAAAUGAUAAUGAAGAUCAAGAAAUACCACCAGCUAUAGAGGAUAUUAUUGAACAUUUAAUUCAAGGUCUUAGAGAUAAAGCCAUCACUAUUAGGUGGUCUGCUGCAAAAGGUAUUGGUAGAAUAACAGCCCGAUUACCAGUAGACUUAGCAGACGACGUCGUAGGAUUUGUAUUAAAUCUCUUUUCUGGACGUGAAUCAGAUUCUGCAUGGCAUGGUGGUUGCUUGGCAUUAGCAGAAUUAGGAAGACGCGGUUUAUUGUUACCUCAUCGUUUAAGUGACGUGAUUCCCGUAGUACUUCAAGCACUUGUUUUUGACGAACCAAGAGCUUAUGGUUCAAUUGGUUAUUUAAUCAGAGAUUCAGCAUGUUACAUUUGUUGGUCUUUUCCUAGAGCAUAUGAUCCGGAUGUAUUUCAACCUUAUGUAAAGGAAAUAGCAGCUACUUUAUUAGUAGUAACGUGUUUUGACAGAGAGAUAAACUGUAGACGCGCAGCUUCGGCAGCAUUUCAAGAAAAUGUUGGAAGACAAGGAAAUUUUCCUCAUGGUAUAGAUAUAUUGACUGUAGCUGAUUAUUUUGAAGUAGGCGUGCGAAGUCAUGCAUUUCUUAAAAUAAGUGUACACAUUGCUCAAUAUGAAGAAUAUACCAAAGCUUUGAUCGAACAUUUGGUCACAAGGAAGGUUACACAUUGGGAUACUGCAAUUAGAGAAUUAUCAGCCAAAGCUCUGUUUAAUUUAACACCAGCAGAUCCACAAUAUAUGAUAGAAAUAGUAAUAACAAAUUUAUUGGAUAUGCUGAAUUCAAUUGAUUUGAAUGUUAGACAUGGAGCAGUAUUAUCUAUUGCAGAAAUAUUAGAAGCUCUGUAUAAUCAUUUCGGGAAAAAAAUCGAAACAAUAAUUGAAUCCUCAGCUGUGGAUGAAAUAAAAAGUGUAAUAUGUACGUUUCAAAAACGAGGUCAAUUUAAAGGACUAGGCGGUGAACUGAUGAAGCAAGCUUGCGCCGUAUUCAUAAAGAAAUGCUCGAUCGUUCAUUUUCCUAUUCACUGCACUAAUAUUAUAGACGAUUGGCAGAAUUUAUUGGAGGAAUGUUUAAGUCACGAGGUAUCUGCAGUCAAGUUAAAAGCUGCAGAAGCACAUACAGAAUUUUUUACUGAGUAUUACACAAACAUGGAUCCAAUUAUUUGUAAUGCCGUAGUAAAUCGUUAUUUAGACAAUUUGAAAUCGAGUAGCCAAGUGGUCAGAAUAGGAUUUGCACAAGCAGUAGGACAUUUUCCUCUUUUUAUAAAAAAGUCAAGAGUAAAGGAUAUUAUAGAAGCAUUAAUUCAAUGUACAAGUAUAUCAGAUGAUACAUUAAAAUGGGCGGAGAGUAGGAAAGAAGCAUUACAUUCUUUGACAAUGAUAAUACAAACGUUAAAUAUUAACGAGGCAGAUGUGUGGCAAGUAUUCGCUCCUCAAAUAUACAAUUGUUAUCUUUUUGCUCUAAAGGAAUAUACGAUAGAUAGCCGUGGAGAUAUUGGUGCUUGGGUACGAGAAGCAGCUAUGACUGGUUUACACGUGCUCACUAAUUUAGUUCUGCAAGCUAACUUAUUAUAUUUGCUAAAUGAAUCAUUAAUGACGAAUAUUAUUGGUGGUAUUGCUCAACAAGCUGUCGAAAGAAUAGAUGGAAUUCGUGCUCAGGCUGGCAUUGUUUUCAGUGCUCUAAUUCAUAGCGAACCUCCACUUCCAAAUAUACCGUAUCAUUCUGAACUUAAAAAUAUAUUUCCUUUGAGCGAAUGUAAAAAUAAUAUAGAAUGGAGAAUGGAAUCGGUAACAUUUCCACGAUUCAUAAAAAUGUUGGAAUUCCCACCUUAUACUAUGAAUCUUUUGAGAGGAAUUAUAUUCAGUGUUGGUGGCUUAAGUGAAUCUUUAGUGAAGUACUCUAGUGUGGCUUUAUUCACUUAUUUGAAAGAAAUAGAUGAAAAAAGUCUGAGAGAUUUAUGUGACAAAAUGGUCAAUAUUUUCAAAGAGAGCCAUAAGAAUGAAAGAAUGAUUACUUCAAUUUUAGCAUUUUUCGAUAGAUUAUUAAGUUCAGGGUGUAUACAAAUAAUUUUAGAUGAUCCAGACAGUGAUAUACCUGAACGUAUAUUAUUGCUAUUGAAACAAGAAAUAAAAUAUACAACCAGCACAAAAUUGCUAAUUAGUAGCAUAAACGUUUUUUGUCAACUUUUACAGGUGCAUGGCUUCAUAGGAAAAAGAGCAUUUUGUCAAUUAAGUAUAUUUUUAUGCCACAAAUAUAAAUGUUUACGCAAAGUAACAGCUAUACGUACUUAUGAAGCAUUAACGCUUUACGGAGAAGAAAUGGAUUUAUCCGAGGAAGACUUAGGAAGUAUAUUGACAGAAUUAAAUGGUACAGAUUGGGAACAAUCAGUUACUGAAUUAAGGCCUAUAAGAAAUCAUCUGUGUGAAUUAAUGAAAGUGCCUGCACCAGUUUUACAGGCUAAAUUUGCAAAUUAAUAGAUACUUUUAAUAUACAAAUGCUAAUACUCAGGUGAAUUACUUAUUUUCUAUUAUACGAUUUAACAUUAUACAGAUUUGAAUGUAAGUCUAAUUAAUUCGAGUAAUGAUCUAAUCAACACCAAAUUACAUACACAGAUCUCAAUACAGGCUUAAAAUAAAACAUUCCUGUUUUGCAAGGCACAGAAAUAAUAGAAUAUUUUCAUUCAUCAAGCAUCAACCGUAAGGAACUUUAUUUUAUUCUUUCUUUCUUAUCUUUUCAAAUUUAUUAUACUGAAUAAAGCGGUCAUAAUUUGUACAUAAUUAAUAUAUGAAUAAUUAUUUAACAA